AUGGAGGUAGAGAGCACGAAGCGUCAGUUAGAGGAGACGGAGGUGGGUGAUGCGAAGCGUGUGCGGGUGGAGAAGUCGCGGGAGGGUGUCUUGGAGCAGUGCAAGAGACAGAUAGAGUAUUACCUGAGUGAUGAGAAUCUGCGAUACGAUGCGUUUUUCCAGAAGAGCAUCAGGGAGUCUGAAGAGCAAUGGUUGCCGCUUAGUGCCGUAUUGAGCUGUAAGCGGAUCCAGCAAUUGGGUGUCUCCGCGGAGGACAUUGCGGAGGCGUUGAAGGGCUCGCAGAUGGUGGAGUUACAGCUGGAGGGAGUGGUACCAAAGGCGGUCCGUAGAUCGGGCGGUCGUGAGUUGCCGACUUUGGAAGAGAGACCGGUGCGCAAGCAGGGCUUGAAGGAGAACCGGAGUGACGAUCAUCACACUGCUGGUUGUUUGUUAAAGAUCGCCAAUCUGCCGGAGGAAGCUGGGUGGGAGAUGGUUAAGACGGAGUUAAGUAAGAGACUACCGGCUCCGAGGGAAAAGCCGCAGACGGAAGAGGAGAAGGCAUCCGGGCGGAAGCCAUACAUCGAAUACCCCAUCAAGUUCGUCAGUCAGCCCGAUUCUACGGGUACCUGCUACGCGCACGUAGGCCCGUUCGAUCGAGACCAAGAGGUUAUAAAGACGUGGGAACCGAUGCAAAUCAACGGCCAGUCAGUUCCCGUAAAACUCAUUACUGAGUUCUCUGAAGCCAUGAACUUCAUCCGCUCCAUGCCGCCAGUGCUCCAGAAACGAAGAGAACGUGAUAUCGCCAGGAAACGCGCUGAAGUUAAUAGCAAACCCAUCCUCCUGGGCGGCGCAGAAUUCGCCUCUAUUGACCACCUCAAAAAAUGUCUGAAAGAAGUCAUGAUUGCUUCAGCACCAGGCAAAUCCGUUAAUAAAAAAACAGCACUCGUUCUCGAAGGCCUCCUCAAGUACCACCCAAGUGGAUCGAAGAAACUGGAGAACUACGCAGGCUUCAAAAUCGACGUUUCCGAUAAGGCCACCAAAUCUGGCGAAACUACUCGGUGUUUUUUCGUCCUCAAAAGUGACGGUACCGCCGAAGACUUCUCCCUGCAAAAAUGCUACCUAGAAUUAACUAAAAACCCUCCGUUUGUUGAUGGUGGUAAGACCGAAGAUAGUGGCAAGACCGAAGAUAGUGGCAAGAUCGAAGAUAGUGGCAAGGCCGAAGAUGGUGGUAAGGCCGAAGAUAGUGGUAAGGCCGAAGAUGGUGGUAAGAUCGAAGAUAGUGGUAAGGCCGAAGAAGCCCCAGGCUCCGAAGAUGCCACUGCUCCAGGCUCCGAAGCUCCUGGCUCGGAACCUGUUGCUAAUGCAGCCGAGUAG